AUGGUGGAUGUUGCAUGGCCCAAGGAGGCAGGAGUAGCAAUUCAUGGGAAAAAUAUUGUGACCAAAGUUCAGAAGUGUGUGACCAGUGUCUUUGAUACUAAACACUUGCACUGUUUGGCUUCAUCUACCCAGACAUCUUCUGGUAUCAUUUCCUCAUCUCUUAUAUCUGCAAUUGAUGUUAACUCUUCUCUGACCAUGUCAAAAAAUUUCCAUAAUCCAUCUUUACUUGGAACUGAAAAUUCUCUGCAGCUCUCGAUUCCUGCAGUGAGCAAUGCCCCUUCCCUAACAGGAAGCAUUUGCAACUUCUCCAGAGUUUCUGGUCCAGCUGUCACUUCAGCAUGGCUACUGCCAUCAGCCUCUGACACCUCUUUCCAGACACUCAUGGGUAAUGCCUACCUUUCCCAACAUUCUAGCACAACCAUGUUGUCUGAGGUUACUGGUGAGAACCAGAUCUCUACUUCAGCUGCCUCUUAUCCAGGUGUUGACUGGGAUAUCACAGGAAGCCCUGAAAAGAAGUCAUCCUUACUUGGGGAUGUCACUGUGACUCUCAUUAACCAGGACACAGCAAUUUCUUCCAUGACUGUGACAACCCAGUAUGAUAAAACUACCAAUGCCAAUGCAUGGAUCCCUCUGUGUCCAGCAUUGUCUGCCAACUUUGUUCAAGAGACACCAUCUCAGAUUCCAAAUCAAGGACAUAGCUUGUCACUUCCCUACCAGGAAGGAAGCCAGGUCUAUUACUAUAAUCAGAACACAUCAGGGCUUCUGUUAUCUGGAGAACUUGGCCCUUGCCUACAAUCCUAUGGCAAUGAUUCAUACACAGGGAGUAGAGCCUCUGCCCCUCAUCCAGAAAUGGUCAUGGUGCUGAAGGAGGUUCAGCCUACAAAUGUCCUAACACCAGUUUCCACCACUGGAAUCUACUACUCUGUGGCUGCUCAACCCAUCACAGAAAUGAGUUUUCAAGUGACGGAAACUUCCUUGGGGAUGGAGAAUUCCCUAGGAUUGCAACCUCCACACCAGACAUUUUGUCCUCCACAAACUACAGAAUGUCUCAACUCCUGCAGUAGCAUGAAUGCUCAGAUACCUAAGAGUAACCAACCACUUGAACUUGGAGGCAUUUCAGUAAUAGCUCCAGUACAAAGUUCUAUCAAUAUGGUGGCCUUGCCUCCAACUCUAAAGCAGGAACAAACAGAAGAUGAGAAUUUGUAUAAAAUUAAAACCAAACUUUCAAAGCCCCCAGAUGCCUACCAGGUCACAACAGAAAAUCAAGAUUCUCCAUUACUCUCUUUAGAAAUCCCCGACAUUCACCAGCUUCUGGCCUGCAUUAAUCCUUUGGGCCCAGAGGAGAAGCCUUGUUCUGAAAAUGCCAGUUUAGGAAAGAAUAGCCAAAGUGUUGGGGACAAAGUGACACUUGACAAUGGUAUUCAGUCUAGCAAUGGUUUUGCAGACAUUAUAACAUUGGUAGGUGAUAAUCACCUCCUGCCCAUUUUCAAGUCAUUCAGAGAUGUUGACCAAAUCAAAGUUCCCACAGCCAUCAAAGACACAAGAGACAUCAAGGUGAACCAGUUGCUGGAAAAGUCAAGUAUUGUAAAGAGUCCAACUGACCAAAACAGAAAGAAGAAGGAUGAAGCCUUCGAGCAUAUUGAUGGAGCUCCUCAAGCCAAAAUUCAGUGCCAAAACCCAGAGUUCUUGUUGAAGGGAAACAUGGUUGUGUGCAGUGCUGCAGUCAGUGAUAGGACUCCUGUAAACACAGCCAAGCAUUUAACCAGCAAACCCCUGAAAGCUGCAUCCAGCAGAGCCAGCCACCCUAACGGUCAUGGACAGCAAGAGACCAAAAAGAUCAGAAAAAACAACUCCAAGAAAUCUGAAGAGAGUAAGCAGUCAGCAAACAAAGUGAAGGCAGAGAAGACAACCAUUCCCAAGGUAAAGCGUAAGAAAAAUCAACCUGAGUUUAGCCAGGAGACCUUCAAAAAGCCUCGAACCUACUUAGGCAUGCAUAUGCUCGAGUCAGUGCAGGUUUUUCAUGCACUGGGGAAGAAGAGUGAUAAGAAAAUUGGAUCAUCUUCCUGUUGGCCCCUGGGAAACUCACAUAACAUCAAAGGCUCCCAGUUUUCUUCAGCUAUCAAAUCACGGAUGGAUACCCCACAAGAGGGCAAAGGUCCUGAGAAAACUCAAUUCAAAGUCCAGACACAAGAGAGCAGUGCUGGAAAUGAAUGUCCAUCUCCAUCCCAGUAUGAGCUGCCCCCACCUGGGAAGGUCAAGUUGAUACCUUUACCAUUUCCAACUGUGGACAAGCCUCAACCUCGACCUGUUCCUCGGAGGCCACAGUCUCUUGCUUCAUGUAGGCCCACUGCAUCUUACCCUAUCCAGCCUCAUUCUACAGUAGUCAAUGCAUCUCAAGCAGCUAGUGCUAAUAAAUCUUUCAUGAGUCCUGCCAAACCAACUCAGCCAAUUUCAACCAAUGCAAACCUACCGGGUUUGACCAAGUCUACCCAGUCUAUCCAGCCUCGUGUGUCUCAUUCUGCUGCUGUUAGGCCUGCACCUUACAAAACCUCAUCUUGCACUUCUUUCCAGCGGGAGCCUGUUUCUACUGCUGUGUCCAAGCUCCAGCCACCACCUAAACCUCAAACCCAGUUUCUACUCCAGGAUUUCAGCUUUCAACCAAUUCCGUGGAGGAAGCCCAAUGUUCCUGAGCCAGUACUGUCAAGCCCCAUCACAAAAGAGCAGCGGCCAGAGCGUGAGGCCAUGAAAAGGAAGGCUCAGCAAGAGCGUGAGCAUGCUGCCAAGUACACUUCUUUGGGAAAAUUGCAGUUUUUCAUUGAGAGGGAAAAAGAAAUGGAGAUUUCUCAGUACUAUGGCUAUCGGAAGCGCGGAGAAUCAUCAACGAGGAAAGGUGGGGAAGGGUCCCGGGAAUGUGGUGGGACAGGGGCUCUGGGCGUGAUCCGACUUGGCGGAGCGUUUGCGGUGCGUGUGGGGACUGCAGCUUUUUCCUCCCCCGCGUUCGCUUCCUGGCCUGCCGCUGGCGAGGCGCCUUACGGCUCCGGUCCGAGUGGACUGGCUCCUGACCAGACAGGCCCCGCGCUUCCUGCCUACUGCCUUUAA